AUGGAGGCCAGUCAUAUGAAAAAGACUUUUGAAGAGCUCAGCGAAGAAUGUCUAAAAUGCUCCGUCUGCAGCAAGCUGUUUGAUAAUCAUGAACAUAUCCCUAGGUAUUAUCCGUGCAUGCAUACGACCUGCGAAGGAUGUAUGUCUCGGCAAUUUAUGCCUAUUGACACUGGUGGUUAUAUAAUUCGUUGUCCACAAUGUGAUCGACCCUAUCAUGCUUCCUCACCACCAGACGUUACCAAUUACAUACUAAACAAUACGUUACUUAGUGUCAAAGAAUUUAUUUCAUCGAGAGAGAAAGAGGAGUUUUGUGAGAAGUGUUCUGACCAGUUGUCGGAGGCAGUUUGUACAGACUGUGAAUUGAGCCUGUGUAGAUCCUGUACCGAUUCAAUCCACAUCGGCAAUAAUUCUAACCAUAACGUCAUAUUCGGGACCAGGAGACAGGACAUUCCAAAAAACGCGUGUCGGAUAUGUUUAAAUCAGUCAGACAUAUACUGUUCUACGUGUAAGCUUUUCUUUUGUCAGAUGUGCGAGACUAUUCACCACAAUGACAAAUCUGCUCGUACACAUGAAGUUAUCCAGUUCAUUAAAGAGGAGGAGGAGGAGGAGGAGGAGGAGGAGGAGGGGGAGGAGGAAGGGGAGCUUCAUGGAAACAGACUUUGGGUAAUGGGUAAGCAACUUUGA